AUGAUAAACGAAACUGAUUCGGAUGAAAUUGUCGAAGAGGAAACUCUACUGAGCGUACCAUCGAUACGCUAUCCAUUCGUGCUCGCCUAUCUCACUGUAUUUCUACUUUGUGUGAUCGGAAACAGUGUUCAUCCAUACAUCGAUUUUCAUAAUGUGUAUUGGAAAAAAGUGCUAUUAUCAAUCGAACGUUUCAUCGCCGUUCUACGACCAAUGCUCGUGCAACACUUGCUAACCAAGAGCGUUCUCGUGGCCAGCACGGUGCUCAUAUGGAGUGCAUCGGCAACAAUGAAUUCACCCUAUCUAAUCGCUGCUCAAUAUCUUCAAUUCGGUGACUUUGGGGUGGUGACAACACUGAAUUUCAUCAUAUGGUAUGCGAUACCACUGGCGCUGUUGUUCGGCAUUUACGCAACCAUUGGUGUGGUGCUGCUGAGAAGUACGAACGACGGUGCUGUGGCACGCUCAUCGUCCAGAUGUGAACCCAGUGCUAGCACAUUCAUCAAGUCAUCUGAGCAUCAAUACACUACGCUGAUCUCGAAACGAAGUGGGAGUGUUGCGGUAGCAGCAUACAACAACGCCACAAAUCGGAAAUCCUCAAAAGCUGAGGCGUUGGACAGUCGACGUCGAGUGAUUCGCCUGGUGGUCAUUAUUGUACUUUCGUUUGCGUUGCUCUCAGUUCCGCGUUACAUUUAUUUGAUGUGGAGUGUAUGGAGGGACAACACAGAGCCACGUUGUUUGGACUGCUUAUCGGUGCUGAUUCAACCGAUCACAUUUUUAUUGAUGUUUUUGAACAGUGCGAUCAAUCCGCUUCUUUACGCAUUUCUGUCGAAGCGUUUCCGGGUUGCGAUCGCCGAUACACUGUGUUGUCGACACGAAAGAGACAAGAUGCGAACUCGAGUGCUGCAGCUGAAUGCGAGACGUAUUUCAAGGGCGAGAAUGAGCAUGAAUGGUAAUACCCACGACGGUGCUCUACCUUAUUAA